AGCAGAACUGAUAGUUUAGCAGAACAUUUCUGUUACUGACAGACUGAGAGUUGAACUCUCUACAGCACCACCAAUGAACAGUGAGAGAGACCUGCGCAUAUCGUCAGCAGCCGCUUCUCCAGCCUCAAGCUAAAAAUCGUCAGAUCUGAGAUCACAGAGAUUUUUUUCUCAUUCAGUCCGGCUAGAAAAAUAUUUUCACAAAAGUUUGGGGGUAUAGUCAGCGGACGCCCAAUAUGCAUCGGCUCAUCUGCUCAGUGAAAGGUCCUCAUAUUGCAACUAUGUGUGGACGGAGCAGGGCGGCCUGUCUGUGUGUUUUGGCUUGCUUGCUUGUCACCAACAGUGUACUAGGUGGGAAAAGCUCUGGGCAGAACGGCAUGACAGAUGAACAGAAAGAUAACACUACAGUGUUCACCAAGAUCUUAGACAGCCUUCUGGAUGGCUAUGACAAUCGCCUCAGGCCAGGACUGGGAGAGCGUGUAACUGAAGUCAAGACUGACAUUUUUGUGACUAGCAUUGGACCAGUUUCGGACCACGACAUGGAGUACACCAUCGAUGUCUUCUUCAGACAGAGCUGGAAAGAUGAAAGAUUAAAGUUCAAAGGCCCCAUGGCCGUGCUACGUCUCAACAACCUCAUGGCUAGUAAGAUCUGGACUCCGGAUACGUUCUUUCACAACGGCAAGAAGUCAGUGGCUCACAACAUGACCAUGCCAAACAAGCUGCUGCGAAUUACAGAGGAAGGAACAUUGCUGUAUACCAUGAGGCUUACAGUGAGAGCAGAAUGUCCCAUGCAUCUAGAAGACUUCCCUAUGGAUGCCCAUGCUUGUCCACUGAAGUUUGGUAGCUAUGCCUACACCAGAGCAGAGGUAGUCUAUGUGUGGACCAGAGGGGCUGCUCAGUCUGUUGUUGUGGCAGAGGAUGGCUCCAGGUUAAACCAAUAUGAUCUGAUGGGACAGAGUGUGGAUUCCGGUGUUGUGCAGUCCAGCACAGGAGAGUAUGUGGUGAUGACAACCCACUUCCACCUGAAGAGGAAAAUUGGUUACUUUGUGAUCCAGACAUAUCUACCCUGCAUCAUGACAGUCAUCCUCUCCCAAGUGUCUUUUUGGCUCAACAGAGAAUCUGUCCCUGCCAGGACUGUCUUUGGAGUGACCACCGUCCUGACCAUGACCACUCUCAGUAUCAGUGCCAGGAAUUCUCUCCCGAAAGUGGCCUACGCCACAGCUAUGGACUGGUUCAUUGCUGUCUGCUAUGCCUUUGUCUUCUCGGCUCUCAUUGAGUUUGCAACAGUCAACUACUUCACCAAGAGGGGUUACGCUUGGGAUGGGAAAAGUGUUGUACCAGAGAAGCAAAAGAAGAAGAAGGAGUCUCUUCUCAAGAAAAAUAACACCACAGCUUACCCAACUGCCACUGCUACACCCUUCGCCCCCAAUCCUGCCAGGAACCCUGGAUUGGCUACGAUCGCUAAAAGCGCCCCUCCACCCCCAGAUGAGCCCAAGGAGGAGCCAAAGCCCAAACCUCCAGAGGCUAAGAAGACCUUUAACAGUGUGAGCAAGAUUGACAGGAUUGCCAGAAUAGCCUUCCCUCUGCUCUUUGGAACCUUUAACUUGGUCUACUGGGCAACCUACUUGAAUAAGAAGCCCAAAUUGCAGGGGGUCAAUCCAACCUAAUCCAUGUUUCAUCCCUUUUAAAUUAUAUCUGGUUUCAUUUUCUUUCUUAUUCCUCUAAGAGAAGUGUUUAUUUUGAGAUAAACAUUGUGUCCAUGCUGGUUUGAAUUCCCAGUUGUUGCAUUGCUUCUAUGUUUACCAAAAUUUUGACAAUUUUGAAAAUACAAAAUAUACGAAAGAAAAAAAAAGAUAGCUAAUAAAACACAUUUUUGAAAGGGUGAUGUUCAGGUCUAAGAUGAUGCUACUAUAAAUGCUACUAUAAAUAUCUAGCCAAGAGAAUGCUAUUCUAUGACUGCACAUAGCCCACACUUGUCAAGGGGGCUGUUGAGUCUAUGUUUGUUUCCUUGUUUUGAUUACUUAUUUAUUUAUUUAUUUAUUUUAUUUGUUAUUUUUUUUGUUUAUUUUGUUGGGAGGGGGGCUGUUUUGUUUUGUUUUGUUCUAUUUUCUUUAAACAGGGAAUCACAGGAACAGUGAAAGGCACUUAUGUAUAUGCAUGGACAGGGCAUCUUUUAAUUUAUAUUUAUUUAUUCAAAAAAGAGAUCAGCAUUGACUGGUGGCUUAGUUUAAUUGAUAUCAGCAGUGCUACGCUCAUUCUCUUUCAAAAAUAUCUUCCGUUUUCUGUAGACAUUUUAUGAUACUAGUUCAUUCUUCAAAACAUUUUAGGGUUUCUGCAAUAGCAAUAAAACAUGUCUCAGUGGACACCAUUUCUUUAGAGAUAAAACAAAAAAAUAAAAGGUUCAGUCAUCCCUGUGCUCAGUAUUGGACAAUAUUUUGAUUUUCUUUUGUGGCAUUGUAAAUAAUAUCAGGUGUUAGAAAUGUCUACAUUAUGUUUAAGCUUUGCAAAGUGUAACUAAAGGAUAUGUUAAGUGAAUCCAUGGAGAGGUCAACUUUUCUGUUGAUUUCCUUUCUGUUUCUCUUUACCAAACUUUCCACAAGAAGAGUAUAUCCUGGUCUGAGUCAUGCCUUCAUGACCUUUUCUCACCAAACUCAUGUUCUACUUACAGCUGCUUUUACACAGAUGUUAAAUAUUAUUCAAAUGUGUGUUUUUCCACACACACACUGAUGCGGCAGCAUCAACAACAAUGCUACUAGUAUAUGAUGAGAUUGGCUUGUCACAAGAAAAAGAAUGUAAAAUCAUCUCGAAGAGUGCAUUUUACAUUUAGAAUUAAAAAAUAUGUCUACUUACUUUUGUUUGGUAUAUUUUAUUUUAUUUAUUUAUUUAUAUAUUUAUUUACUUAUAUGUUUAUUUGGGCUUUUGACUGCUUAUAGCGGGGCCUCCUUUGCCAAAACAUUGUUUUUAGGAAAGUUCAUUUAGCGUCUGUGAAAAAGGGGUGGGGCACACUGAGACGGAGGAGAAGUGCCUUUUCCAUUUUCAGAGUCGAAGCCGUGAAGGCUGUUACUUUGUUGAUAGAUGGCGCAUCUGUAUUUUCCAUCCCACUGUGUCCCCUGACCAUGUUUACCAUAGUCCCCAUGUCCAUUGGGUUGAAAAUUGAGACAUAACACUCAGAAAGUACCAGCUACACUGCCUUCAGUAUCACAUGCCCGUUUGGAGUCAUUUGUUGCUGCUUGUUGGUGAGCAACAGCGAGAGACAGGGACAGAGACAGAAAGGGACGAAAAGAAAGAAGAUGUUGAGUUGAAGUGGCACUGUAAUCUUAUGUUAGCCGGCGCUGUGUUUCGCACAGAGGACUUGUCUUGUAGUUCUACGAUAGUGACGAAGAUGAAUAUAUUUUUGUAGCAUGAUGUCAAUCCCUCUUCCGAUAAAAACCAACAGAAACUAAAGUGAAAAGAAUGCUUUUGUUCUUGUCUUCAACAUUGCUUGCUUCCUUUUCUUCCUUUAACUUUGAGAAAACACUCUCUUUUAUUUGGAAAUGCUUCUUCUCUAAUGUGGCACGUAAAGGUUUCUGAACAGUCCAUUUUAAAUUAUGUUAAUGUAGCAAUAUUAAUUAGCAAGGGCUUUUCUUAGGACCUGAACCUGACACUCAGUCAAGGGGGUGAUAUCCAUUGUAGCUUUACACUGACCCCUCUGUACUUGUAGUCUCAUCCGUGUGCUGUAUGUGGAAAAUUUAAUCAAUACUAUUUAUAUUUGGUUUAAGAUAACAGGCACUGCAUUUCGUGACCAUCUUGGGUUCUAAAAGCCUUUUCUCCCUCUCUUACUGUAACAAAGUCAAGAGAAGAGGUGCACUGUACCACUUUGUGGAUUCUCAGUGUGCUGUGCUAUAAAUGUCUUACAGGGCACUAAACAGGCCAAAAGGCACAUCAGAACUUGCAGAAUUUUAUGAAUGUUUCUGCUCCGGGGCGAUUUGAUCACACUAUUAUUAGAAGGAACUGAAGAAGAGAUUAGUAGUUGUUGCUUUUGUUAUUAUUUGCAUUAUCAUUAUGACCGCUACUGAAUCUAUCCCCCUAAUGGAAGAGAUCUUUACAAGCAUAUGCAAGCAGUCUACUGUUCACAGCCACUUAACCUACAAGCAGAGGGUCAAGGAACUGUAAAGUUCAGGGUGAAGAGUUGUAUAAAGAUAUUUGAAUUCUAAACUAUUGUAUGUAUGUUUAUUAUCAUGAAGAAAAACUAUCUAUACAUAUGUAAAAUACAUAAUGCAUACAGUAUUUGAUUCUAUUAAUGAUGAUAUUAGCUAAGAUGAUGAUGAAUAUUGUUUGUAUUAUCAACCUAUUGUUAUGCAUUUUGCACAUUUAGAAGAACAAUAACAUUACAUUUAUGUAGUCAGCUUCGUGCUAUGCAAGGACAGCUUUGAACCACAUCACUGACCUUCUUUCCCCUGACCAUUGAGCUUUAGAUUUACAAGCUAUUAUAAAAAACAAAUUAAAAAAACGAAAAAAAAAAAAAAAAAAAAAGGAAAAUAGCUUAGCCUUUGUAUCAGCUGUGCAACCAUUAGCUUUUCAUUUUUUUUCUCCUCCAACCCAGGCUAUACAGGGUGACAUAAAAGAAAACACUGGAUUAUCUCUUUUGUUUGUGCUUUGGAUUUGUCAGUGGUUGAGGGGAAAAUGGCUUUCAUUGUUGAUUGCACUUUUUCUCCAGAAACAUGCAAUAACAUGAUUGAGCCGACAAAGCAAAACUGUAACAAAAACACCUUGUUAUUAUUAUUUCUGUUUAGUUGUGAAGCUUGUUUGUCAUUACAAAAAUGGAGGCAAGUAUAAAUGUGUUGCUAAAAAGGUUCACUUAAUUCUUUCUUUGCUUUUCCAAGUGCGGUGAUAAUGAAAGGUGCACCAGAGAGUUUUCACUUUAACAGACUUAAUAUAAAUUUUUUACUGAAGUUUUCUGUUGGAAGCAUCUUGGCUAAGCCCCUAUCUUGUACCCCAUGCAGGAAGAAACAAAAGCUAAAGACCAUUUAUAAAUAUUUUUGAGCCAGGUCUGGUUUUGCUUUAUAAUGCUCCACAGAGAGAAUGUGAAAUAUGAGGCACAGUGCAAUCAUGAGCUUCCAACUUUUACCGUCACACUCAUAGGCAGUUCAUACGUGUAAAUAUUACAUAUGUAGACACAUCAGUCAUUGAUGUCAUUAUGUUUGAUGCAAGGUCCAUUGCAGUUCUCAGCAGCACUUGCUUUCCAACACCGAGUCUUUGGUAAUUCCUAGAUAGCUACCGGAGUUUUUCUUGUAUUUUUAUCAAGCAAAAUAUGUUCUGAUUUUCACUGAAAUAUAAAGAAAAAAACUAAUUUUCUAAAGCACAAAAGAUGAUUAGGGUAAUCGAUAUUAGAACAAGAUUGUAUUCAAAUGGACAUCACUAGACACAAAAUGCACACAGCCUCACAUUUUAACACACAGUACAUAUGCUGGUAGGUCAAUGAUACGGAUAAAGGGUUGUGAUUGAUGUAGAUGAAAUGGUAAACCUUCUGUAAAUGUUUUCUUUUGUUUCUUUUGGUUAUGAUACGGCCCUGUAAAAUCUGAUUCUCUGCAUUAGUCUUUAAAUAAAAAGAAAACAAAUGA